AUGGGGAUGGCCACAGUCACAGACCAAGGCGGCCAACUCAGAACCAGCCCCAGCCCCAGCAUUUCCUACAAUGCUACCUGGGAUAACACCUCAACAGUCAGCUCCAGCUCCAUGGAAGACAUCAUUGCCACAUGUACCAUUGGGACUAUCCUCUCUGUCAUGUGCAUUAUUGGAGUGACAGGCAAUAUAUAUACUUUGGUAGUGAUGCACCAUUAUCUGAGAUACUCCACUUCUAUGUACAUAUACAUAAUCAACCUUGCCCUUGCAGACCUCCUGUACCUUCUCACCAUCCCUUUUGUCGUUGGGACAUAUUUUGUUCAGGAAUGGUAUUUCGGGGACAUUGGAUGUCGGAUUCUUUUCAGUUUAGAUUUCCUGACAAUGCAUGCAAGCAUCUUCACUUUGAUGGUGAUGAGUACAGAGAGGUACCUUGCAGUGCUGAAGCCUCUGGACACUGUGAAAAGAUCUAAGAGCUAUCGGAAAGCCAUUGCCAUUGUCAUCUGGAUAGUAUCUCUGCUUCUCACUUUCCCUAUGCUUAUCAUGAUCCAGCUUGUACAAGGAAACAAGAAACUCUGCCUUCCUACCUGGAGCAAAUUGUCCUCCAAAAUCUAUAUCACCAUCCUCUUCUGCACCAGCAUUGUGGGUCCAGGGGUAAUAAUUGGGUACCUUUAUAUUAAACUGGCAAGAACUUACUGGGUGUCCCAAACAAUUUCUUUUAAACAGUCUAAACAGCUUCCCAACCAAAAGGUAUUAUAUUUAAUUUUUACUAUUGUGCUGGUCUUUUGGGCUUGCUUUUUGCCUUUCUGGAUAUGGCAACUCAUUUCUCAGUAUUGUGAACAUUUCCCAAUUUCCAAGAAGGCCUUAAGAAACAUCAACUAUCUAACCACAUGCCUGACUUACAGCAACAGCUGCAUCAAUCCUUUCCUCUAUACUUUGCUGACCAAAAACUACAAGGAGUAUUUAAGGAACAGGCAGCAUUCAUUUAACAGCAGUAAUGGCUAUUUUCAGAGGAGGAACAGGUUUCAGAGAAUUUCUGGGAGAUCAUUUUCCUCAUGCAGCCAGCACUAUACUGAGACAGUGGAGCUUUCUCCCAUCUCUUGA